AUGCAGCGCUUGGAAAUCUUUGAGCAGCCCGUGGCUAGCAACGACCCCGAAAGUCAAAUAGGCGGCGACGAAAAUGGGACUUACAACGGAACCAUCUACAGCAGCGGGUUGGUACCGGCGAGUGGAAAGGACGACGAUGCGAGCGAUUACCGUGAUUUUGUUUACCCCGAGGACAGGAAACUAGGGCUAUGGUCGACCGCGUUUCUUAUCAUCAACCGGGUGGUAGGCGCAGGGAUAUUCUCGACUCCCGCCGGCAUCGUCAGCUACCUUGACAGCGUGGGAUUAACGUUGAUCUUUUGGGCUUUGGGGGGGUUCAUGACCUUCUGUCUGUUUGUCUACCUAGAAUAUGGCAUUGCCAUGCCUCGAUCCGGAGGCGAGAAAGUCUACCUAGAACGCGUGUAUCAACGACCAAGAUACUUAGCCACAUGCAUUUUCGCAGUGCAAUUCGUCCUCUUUGCCAUCUCUACCGGUAACAGUAUCAGCUUUAGCAGUUACCUACUCCAAGCUGCCACAGGGACGCCACAAGAAAACACGUGGCUCAACGUGGGGAUUGCGAUUGCCACCAUCACGGUGGUUUGCCUCAUCCACGCGUUUGCACCACGAUGGGGUAUCUGGCUGAGCAAUGGUUUCGGCACCUUUAAGCUCAUCAUGCUCACCUUGUUGGUCUGCACCGGGUUCGCCGCUCUCGCUGGGCGGACAGUCGCACCAAGGCCGGAUAACUUUUCUAGUUUUCACGGGGCGGGCUCUUCUAGGAGGGACCCGGGCAAUUCCCCUGCUGCGGCGGGGGCGGCUGGCGGGUAUUCGAUUGCGUUACUGCAAGUCCUUUACGCGUAUAGUGGGUGGGAAAACGCCAACUAUGUUCUCACCGAGGUUCGAGACGCUCCCAAGACGUUGAGAAAGGCGGCACCAAUUUCUGUUUCUAUCGUCACGGUGCUGUAUAUCCUCGCCAACAUCUCAUAUUUCGCGGCCAUGAGCAAGCUUGAGAUCGCCGAAGCCAAAAUCGUUGUAGCGGCGCAGUUCUUCGAAAACACAUGGGGGGAGAGCAACUUCGUUACCAAGGUGGUGCCGUUAUUUAUCGGCCUUUCUGCCCUCGGCAAUGCCUUUGCCCAAUCCUUUGCCAUGCCCCGAGUAAAACAGGAGCUGGCUAAGGAGGGUGUGCUGCCGUGGUCUCGGCUCUGGGCGAGUGACUGGCCGUUUAAUGCACCUACAGGGGCCAUUUUCUUGCAUUGGAUUAUUACUGUCAUCUUCAUCCUCGGGUCGCAUACGGACGACGUCUACGCAUUUGCCACCAACGUAUUUGUUUACAGCGGCAACUGGAUUAAGUUCUUCCUUGCUGUGGGUCUUCUUUACCUCAAUUAUGCACCAUCCGAACGCUGGACCGAGCAGCGCACCACCUUCCGCAGCUCGCCUGUCCUCACCAUAUUCUGGACCCUUGCACUGCUAUUCGUGCAGGUGGCGCCCUUCAUCGAGAAUAAUUUCCUCAGCCACGUAAAAUAUUAUGUCUUCCCAACGCUCGGCACCAGCUUGUUGGCCAUCGGCACGAUAUACUGGCUCGUGUGGGCCAAGUUGUUACCAGCACUAGGUUACCACAUCCAGCAUGAGAUUGUGCAGAUGCCGGAUGGGAGUGAAAGGGUCAAAUACAAGCGGUUCCUCGAGAGCGAUGUCUUCAACCAGAAUCCUUUCCUCUCGGUGUCGUACCUUUCUCGUUAUGCCGACCACAUAGGCAUCCAUUACGUGCUCUGCAGCAAGCUGCGACAGUUUCCCUACGAGGACAUAGAAUUCUUCCUCCCGCAGCUAUGCCACCUGAUCAUCAGUGUCGACAACGAAUCGAUGGCCCUGGAGGAGUUUCUGCUGGAUCUGUGUGAAGAAUCGGUUACUGCUGCAUUAUUGACCUUCUGGCUGUUCCAAACAUACCUCCACGAUCUUGCCCCGAAUCCCCAAACUGAAGCCUUCAAGAUCUGUCGCCGCGUAUACAAUAAGGUGCAACACAUUGUCUUUGGCCUUUCCGAGAGCGUCCGUCACGAAAAAAUCACCGAUAAUGCCUUGCCAGUCACGGUCCUAGGCAGUUUCGUGUUGGCCAGCAUUGCAUGCCCCCUGCUACCGCACUGGGCGGGCCCCCUAGCGAUUGCCCAGUCGAGAAAGCCACGCCCCGUCGAGACGAUAUCAUCCGAACCCUCCGUUGCUGCGAAUAAGAACGUGCCGACCCGGGCACACACCAUCACGGCUGGGAAUACGAGAUCGAAGCGGGCAAAGGACGGGCGAAGUGUGAGCGUCCAGGAGGGGAAGCUACCCGGGGGUAGUCCGCGCAAAUCAAGGAAAAGCAAGUCGGGAUCAAAAUCGAGUCGGCCAGGGUCGAGGUCGAAAGCAAGCGAGACGGAAUCAUCGAAACCCCAUGAAGAUGGAGCUGAGUUGUCCGGCCAGCUCGAGAACCUCGCACUGGAAGCCCGCAUAAGUUCGGCGUCGUUACCUCUUCCAGACCCUAGGCCGCGUCUCGUCACACGGCCAACUACGCCCGUCUCAGCCGGCUUGCACCCGCCCGACGCCCUGUCUAGAAGGCAUCCGCAUCAUGUCAAGACGCUUCUGAGCCAGGCCGAGAUGACAACGACUCAAAAGACACAACUACUCCGCCAAAACUACUUUCGUUGUCAGACUGCGUUCUUGACGGCACUCGAAGGAAUCUCGAACCGCUUGGUGGUUGUGCCGAAGCCGGCUCGUCUUAGUGCGCUUCGCGCAGAACUGGCCCUCAUCGCACGAGAUCUCCCUGCGGAAGUCGAUAUUCCGGUGAUUUGCCCUCCCGAGCUGGCGAGUGGUUCUCCGUCCAAGAGCCGCCACCACAGGAUAGUACGGCUCAACCCGGCCGAAGCUACCGUGCUGAACAGUGCCGAAAAGGUGCCCUACUUGCUGAUGGUAGAAAUACUCCGGGAUGACUUCACUUUCGACCCGGAGACCCAGGACAACCAGAGACUGUUGACAACACUGUUAGCCGAACAAGGGACGCGUAAGAGGAUAUUUGAUCUGUCGGAUGCGCCGGGGAUACCUUCGAGCUCACGGUCAGCGGAACCUGUCGUGGAUAGUGUCUUUGAGCCAUCAUCCGGGGAUCUCGGCAGUUCGCCCAUGCUCAAGCCCACCGAUGACGAGUUAUUCGGCAUGGCCCCUUCGCAAUCGAGCUUUUCCUUGGGCAUGUCGAGUGUCAACUCGCCGACCCCGGCACUUUCGGAGAAGGCGUCACCCCGCAAUUCCGGUGGUUCGUGCGAACCCAUGAGCCCGCCACUCAGAAGGCGACUAACCCUCACCGGCGCUCGCCUGAACUCUGUUGAUCAACCCGACUUUUCGGCGCUGGCCAUCCACAUGCGCACAGCCUCGCAGAUGCUUGCCCAGCUAGAUGCGACGAGUGGGAAACGGCCGCGGCAAGAAGUGGCUGCUAUCCGCGCGCGCAUCAUCGCGAGCAUGCAGAGCCUUGAGGAGCAAAGCUUCGACUUGGACGAUGGACAAGGCCCGACCUUUGAUAUGAUCAUGGCACGCGCACAAGCCGCGGCGGCGACCGCUGCAGCAACCACAGGGACGUCUGAUGGCAGUGGUGCAGGAUCUGAUGGGGGCGCCGAGGAUUCCCCCGUUGAGCCGAACCUUAACGCCAACGCCGGCAUCGACCGCAUGGAGAACGACAUCAAAACGGGCGGGCUGCAACGCAAAGGCGACCGCGAUGACCCCAGCGCAGCCGUGUUUGGCGAAGCUUGGGAAACCAAAAAGGAGCGCAUCCGCAAGUCGUCGCCCUACGGAUGGAUGAAGAACUGGGAUCUGGUCAGCGUAAUCGUCAAGACGGGAUCGGACCUGCGACAAGAGGCCUUUGCCUGCCAGUUGAUCCGCGUGUGUCACCGGGUCUGGGUGGAUGCCGGCGUGCCCGUGUGGGUGAAAUUGAUGCGCAUCCUCGUCACGGGUGAGUCGUCGGGCCUUAUCGAGACUAUCGCCAACGGCGUGUCGCUGCAUUCUAUCAAGCGCAGCCUGACACUGGCGACUGUCGAGUCGGGCCAGAACCCGCGGCGGCGUAUCGCCUCGCUCAAGGACCAUUUCGUCAAGGUGUUUGGCCUACCCGAGAGUGAUGCGUACCGUGCCGGCGUGGAUGCGUUCAAGCGCUCGCUGGCGGCGUAUAGCGUCAUUUCGUAUGUCCUUCAGCUCAAGGACCGGCACAACGGGAAUGUACUCAUUGAUAAUGAGGGGCAUAUCAUCCACAUUGAUUUUGGGUUCAUGUUAUCUAAUUCGCCGGGGUCGGUUGGGUUUGAAGCCGCGCCGUUUAAGCUGACGUAUGAGUAUGUGGACGUGCUGGGUGGCGUGGGCUCGUCGGAUUUUGAUGACUACAAGCAGCUUUGCAAACAGGCGUUUCAAGCCCUCCGCCGCUCGGCGGAUAAUAUCAUCGACUUGGUUUCCAUGAUGGGCCGCGACUCGAAGAUGCCGUGCUUCGGGGCCGGGGUUUCGCAGGUCACGACCGCGCUACGCCAGCGAUUCCAGCUGCAGCUGAGCGCUGAUGAGGCCGAGCAGUUUGUUGAGACGGACCUCAUUGGCAAGUCGCUUGGCAGUUACUACACACGACUUUAUGACACCUUCCAGUAUAGGACACAGGGGAUCUACUAG